AUGUCAGAACUCCUCCGACACAGCCUGAACGGGACGCCUCCCCGACCACGACCCAACCCAAUAUCCCAAUACGACCCAGAAGAAUCCCACCCACCAUCCGACUCUUCCUCAUCUCCCACAGACUCCGUCGCUUCCAUCAACACAAUCCGCCCCAGCUCACGCGAGCAAGCCGCUCAACCAACCCAUUGGACCAACUACUUCACUCAAGACCUCUACCUCGACUGGCGGGAUGACACGCAAACUGCUAAAUACCAUGUCUACCUCACGCCUCCACAAGACCCCAAAAAAGGACCUCUGUUCAUCUGCCACCAUGGCGCUGGCGCUUCUGGCCUCUCCUUCGCCCUCUUUGCAAAACACAUCAAGCGCCUCCUCCCCGAAGCAGGCAUUCUAAGUCUCGAAGCGCGAGCUCACGGCUCCAUCGUCACACCCGCCCCUAAUGCGAACGACACCACCCCCGCCGACUUCAGCAUCAAAACCCUCGCCUCCGACGCCCUAAACAUGAUCCGCCUGACCCAAUCCCACCUCUCCUGGCCCAGCAUCCCCCCUGCAAUCCUCAUAGGCCACAGCCUAGGCGGCGCCAUCGUCACCGAGCUCGCAGCAACCGCAGCCCUAGGCAGUUCCCUCGUAGGCUACUGCGUGCUCGACGUCGUCGAAGGCUCUGCUCUCGAAGCCCUCGCGCACAUGAAAACCUACCUAUCCACCCGCCCCACCCACUUCUCCAGCCUCGACGACGCGGUGAACUGGCACACGCGCUCGCGCACAAUCCGCUCCCCGGAAUCAGCCCAAAUCUCCGUCCCCAGUCUCCUCCGCCCCGUCCCAGCACCUACAGAAGCAGGUGCCUCCACCUCACAGCAAUUCACCUGGCACACAGACCUCGCCUCCACCGCGCCCUGGUGGGAAGACUGGUUCCAAGGCAUGAGCCGCAAAUUCCUCUCCGGCCGCGGGGCCAAAAUGCUCAUCCUCGCCGGCACGGACCGGCUCGACAAGGACCUCAUGAUCGGGCAGAUGCAGGGCAAGUUUCAGCUCGUCGUGCUGCCUGAGGCUGGGCACUUCAUCCAGGAGGAUGUGCCGGAGCGGACGGCGGAGUUGGUUGUGGAAUUUUGGCGGCGGAAUGAUCGGAGUGCGUUGGUGUUGCCGCCUAAGGUGAGCGAGUUGAUCGCGCAGGGGAAGAAGGUGUGA